AUGACCAACCAUUUUCACCCACUUGUACACGAGCUUGAUGUCGCCUAUCAACAAGGUCAACAUGAGCAUGUUAUUCGUCAAUCCACUCUCGCAAUGGACAAGGCCGACCUUCAGAUGUCAAUGUUGGACAUUCGAGCACGAUCCUGGUGCGCAUGUGCAAAGGUUGAGAACGCUUUAGAGGAUACACGUCGUAUGCAACAACUCGCUCCUUUAUCACGUCGUGGAUACUAUCGUCAAGGAAAGAUCUAUGCACAGUAUGGUUAUCAUUCAAAGGCGUUGGCGAUAUACAAGAGAGCAGGGACCUUGGCAGCAGCAGAUGAUGAUGGCUUACAUGAUGAGAUCGACCAUGCUAUGAACGAAUCGACUCGGCAACUGGAACAGAAGAUUGACAUGAUCAACAAGCUACCAAUGGAUAUUGUAUUACGCAUCGCUCCCAUGUUGAUUGGAGAAGGCAGUGGAGGAGACCAGAGCUAUCAUGCGUAUUUGGAUGUAUCAAUGGCAUGGCGUGAACGUCUUUCGCAAUCAGGCACACUUUCCUAUGUCAUUGAUGCAUGGUCUAAAGACGAUCUUUAUCGGAUAUCUUCAUCGGCUCAGACAAAAACAUUAUCAAAAGGGCACGAUCAAGCGAUUCAGUUUUCCCAGCAUGUCACAUCACUCGCAAUAAGCACCAAUAAAGAGCCAUUUUAUGUAUUUUUGGAGCGUGGACGGUUUUCUUCAAUCAAACGAUUGAGCAUUUCAAGUCGUUCAUCUUGUUGCAAUUUAGAAAGAGCGUAUUGCGGAUUACAAAAGUUGAACAGCACGCUGAGACAUUUGGAGAUUGUGAAUGCAACGUUAUGGAGAGAGGAUACGAAUGGGACAAUGGCACUGGCACAGAUACUUCACGCUUGCACAAAGUUGACAUCAUUGAAGAUCGCCAAAGUGAUACUGGAUCGUGGCCAACUGCCAUUUUACCCGACAUUGAGACAACUAGAGCUGGAUUCUCACGAGAGGCUUGACGACAAGGGUGUCGAAAGGAUUCUCCGGUCAUUUCCUUCUCUACAACGCCUCACUAUUCAGAACGUACAGGAUUGCAAAGUACUAUCAUGGAUCGAUCAAUAUUGCAUUGGGCUGCAGCAUCUUGAAUUCAACAGAAUGCUUGUUAAAAAGCGAUACCCAUCAGGAAUACGAGAUACUAAAAGUGGAUUACGUUCCUUGUACAUCACUGCCAAUAAUACGGAGGUUGCUAUGGAUGAUGUCAUUGGCCUUGUGAAUCGACAUUGUACAACGCUUGAACACCUUGCUAUCGAUCUACCACAUGAAAUCAAAGCGCUCGAUCCACGUUCUUUUGACAAAGCUGAGCGCGUUGCAUUUCCCCAACUCAGGCAUGUCACAUUUACCAUAAGGGAUCCUAAGCACUGGGAAGCACAGGAGCUAUCUGUACAUUUGUUUUGCCGGUUCUUUGGAAAUAUACUUUGCAAUGCUCCCAAGGUAGAGACUUUGCUUGUACUCGGUGCUGCUAUCGACAAGCACGUGAUACGUUCCUCUUUGCAACACCUCCAUCAUCUGCAUACAUUGGAUAUCCGGAACAUUGACUUUGGCGGUGUGUCCGAAAGUGUACUUGCUGAUCGAGAAGAUAUGUUACGGCAGGCCUUUGAAGAGCAUGCAUAUCAGUCGAGACUCAAAACAUUGAACAUUGCAACCGAUCAUGCCAACAUUUCAUUACUGGAAUCCAUUUCACGGUUUAAAGAUCUCAAAAGGCUGUCGAUAGCACAUGUUGACGGAUCUUUGGGUGACGAUCAUACGCAAUUCCUUCGUAACCUGGCUGAGACAUUAGAGGGAUUAAAGCUCAAGGCGCGUACUAUUACGGAUGCCAUUGUCUAUCAAUUGCCUCGGUUUAAACGCCUCCAGCAUCUCGAUAUAUAUACGUGGGGUGAGGGUCCUUCAGCUACUGCUUUACGCUGCUUGAGUGCAUGUCUUCAGUUGAAAACCCUUAGACUUUGUCAUGCAGAGGAUAGUGAUGUAGUUAGAUGUAUUCAAAUGGCUAUACCCAAUCUUCAAUAUAAGCCCCAUCCUAAUUAA